AUGGAGGGACGAGACAUCCUGAGGAGUAUCGAGCCUCUUCAGGGACGUGUAGUGCCGAUCAAGACCGUCCAGGAAACACAGUCGACUGAAGAGUUUGAGGAUGCAUAUGUAGCUGAAGUUAACGUGAAGUUGGCCUCGAAAGUGGUCAAAGCACUUGAUGCUGCUUUCCCUCGCGACCCUGCUAUCCCUGUGAACCAUCUCCGACGGUUCGCCAAACAUUCCCAAUUGCCAGAAUCCCUGCGCUCAGCCAUCAACCACAAUGAAGCCUCACCGCAGACAAUCUUUGUCCUAAUCUCGCCUCCUCUCCCAGAAGUUAAUGCUCUCCAAAAAGUGCUUGCUCCAUUUGCCCCCGUCUCCUCGACCUCUUCCGAAAGCCAGAUCGAACCAGCGCCUGCGAUUUCCCUACGUACAAUCAGGAUCCCUACUCAACCGCCCUUGAAUGCUAAACAAGCCGAAAAAUGGACAUCGACAUACUGGCCCGUUGUCUACAACCCCGCCGCCCCGCGAGCCACGAUAGCGCCGCCGCCGCAAAUUCUAAACCGUGCACUGGACUCCAUCCAACCCCAAGCCGGAUAUUAUUUGGCGCUGGCCGAGAAAGUCGCAGAAGAAGCAGAGAAAUCCGGCCGAGGCCGCAGAGUCGGAGCGGUGGUCGUCGAUCCCGAAAUCCUGGCUUCCAUCGACACUACUGACGACGAGGACGGCACGAGAUGGACGGACGCCGUUGUUGCCGUCGCAGGAGACGCGCGAUAUUCUCGUCGGGAAGCUGGGGCACUCUCGACGUCAGAGCUGCAGGUCGGACCGGGUCCACCUGCAGCAGCACAGACAUACAACUCUGACCUGGAAGGCGGGCCUGAACUGCACGCGCUGAUGCGCGCCGUGGAGAUGAUUGCCCAGAAACGCCGUGAAGAAGACUGCGCAGCUUCAGACACGAAACCGUACCUAAGUCCCCUGGAAUCGUACUUUCUCUCCCAGUCAGAGGUUUCGCCCUCCGCGUCCAGGUCAGAAUCACAAGAACCGUCACCAGUACCGGAAAAGCUUCUAAAGACAAAUUCCGCCUCGCCUGUUGUUCCCACGACAGCGAACACUCCUCCGGUUGCUCCGGUUGCUGCUCCGCGUAUCCGCCCGCGCGCGCAGGGCGGCUACCUCUGCACAGACCUUGACGUAUACCUCACCCACGAGCCGUGCUUAUGCUGCUCCAUGGGCAUGCUCCUCUCGCGCUUCCGAGCGGUAAUCUUCCCUCGAAAGGGGCGGAUGGUUACGGGCGGACUGGCCUCGGAGCCUGUUGUCUCGCCGGCGUGUGACCCCGGCCCCGGUCAUGGCCCUGAAGCCGAGCUUGAAGAGCCUGAAUCGAAGGCGAAGGUGCAAAUGGGAGGAGAGUCGUCCGAUCCGACAACAAAACGAAAAUACUACGGUCUGCACUGGCGCAAGGAGCUGAACUGGCGGGCGUUGGGCUUCGAGUUUGUCGAGGAUGAUGGUCUUGUUCAGUGUGCAGAGAGUCAGACUGCGGUGCCUUUCCAUGCAUGA